GGUAAAUUAAGUAUCUAGAGGUAGAUAGAAACAUGCUGGACCCACAGCCCCAUCACGACAGUGCGACCUUCUGCCCUCAGUACUUUUCUUUGUCAGCAGGCUACCAUCAAGGGGCUAGUAUCACAUGAUCCAGGCCACAUCUAACGUGUUCCUCCAUUCCAAUCAGGCUGAACUAAAGUUAGAUUGGGGUCCGCCCACUAGAUAAGAUCUGGAAUGCCCCGCUGCUUCCUGCAAUUUAUUUUUGUGCUUCAACUUUGCGAAUAGUUUCGUGUAGGAAAAAUUGAUAUCAACAUUCGGUGGGCAAGCCGCUACACUCAUGGUGCCGACUCACGUGACCGCCUGGAAUAGCAGGGUAUGGAUGCGGGAGGGGUCGACGUUGUGCAGUGCCUUUGUCGCUGUUCGAGAAAAGCGUCACAAGCAACGGAGAGAGUGCUUUGUAAAGCAUCAACAACCAUGAGUCAGAGUUAUAACUGGCCUAAUGACGAUGAGACCGACUCUCAGAGCCCUUAUAGUCCGAGUUCCCAUAGCAAGGAGUCUCAGUCUGCGACCCCGGCGGUAAGGAGCCGUCUGAGACCUGCAGGGAAACACCCUGCGUCUCUGCCAUCUGCCGACCGAGUUUCAGACACAUCGGACGAAGAGGACCGAACGAUAUCAUAAAAUAUCCAGUGGAAACUCUCUAUUAAUCAUAGAAAGCGGGGAGGCUGCUCCGAGUUAGGUGUAGUAACACCGAUACGGAUCUUUUGGCGGGAUGUCUUAGAAG